AUGCCUCAGAGAUUACGUUCACUUUACGACUUUAUGCUCAGUGUUAAUGAGCGAAUGGAAAAUGAUCUAUCGAAGAAAAAUCAAUCAUUUAAGAAUUUUGGUUGUCAUUUCUGUCUCUUCGUGAGUGAUAAUAGUCAAGAGAAUACAACAGUUCGUCAAUGUAAUGUAUUAAAUGAGACAGGUAAAGCUGUGACAACUCAUGGACUUGUUGGGUAUAUCCAAAUGGAUGAUCAACAAUAUUAUCGGCUGUUACCGGAUGAACAACAUAGACAGAAGUGGUUCAAAGAGUUCGAAGAACAUGAAUUUCUUGUUAUAACUUAA